AUGAUGAUCCUAUCUGCCCUUGUAGCCUUUGGGCUCCUAUCCUCGGUCGACGCUGCCGCAUCAUCAGGCUGUGGCAAACAACCUACUCUCGCCAGCGGAGUCCAUGAUAUCAAUGGACGACAGUACAUCCUGAAAGUGCCCGACAAUUACGACUCAAACAAACCACAUCAUCUCGUCUUCGGCUUGCACUGGCGAGGUGGAAACAUGUACUCUGUCGCCAACGGCGACGGCAUUCAACCCUGGUACGGUCUCGAAAGCCGAGCGCAGGGAAGCGCAAUCCUGGUAUCUCCCAACGGCAAGAACGCUGGCUGGGGCAACACCAAUGGCGAAGAUGUGGCUCUCAUUGACGCCAUUAUCAAGCAAGUUGAGGGUGACCUCUGUGUGGAUUCGAGCUCUCGCUUCGCGACGGGCUUCAGCUGGGGCGGUGGGAUGAGUUAUGCACUUGCUUGCUCACGAGCAAAGGAGUUCAAGGCCGUCAGUGUAUUGAGUGGUGGUGUGAUUAGUGGAUGUGAAGGCGGCUACGACCCUAUUGCUUACUUGGGUAUUCAUGGGAUCAAUGAUCCAGUAUUGCCAUUUGAUGGGGGUGUGGCUCUGGCGAAUAAGUUUGUUGGGAACAACAAGUGCCAGCCAACAAACAUCGGUAAACCUGCGUCUGGCAGUCGCGGCUCUGUUCGAUCGGACUUCCAUGGCUGCUCCAAACCAGUUUCGUUUAUAGCUUAUGAUGGAGGGCAUGACGGUGCGCCCCUUGGUGUUGGUAACUCUCUGGCCCCUGAUGCGACCUGGAAAUUCUUCAUGGCGGCUUGA